CUAGUUGCAAUGGCUGCUGCUUGGGAGAUAGAAUUAAUUCACGACGUCCUCAAAAUAGGCCAAAUAGCCGCCGAUCUAGAGGAACAAGACCAAGCUGGAGACAAGCAACGAAAGAAGCAUACCCGCCGCAAGGGAGCUGCAACUAUCAGGACAGUGCCAGUGGCGUGUACUUACAGUAAUCAUUUCUCGCCUUGCACGGCAUGUCCCUGUCGACAUUUGGCAAACUUCUCAAGCAAUUGCGGAGCACACCUGCCGGCGUCUAGCAAGUGCCCAAGCCGUCCAUGAGAUAUGUUGUGGAAGAGGUCAUCAUGGCGAAAGUAAAGGAGCUAAAGGCAACCUGUCUACAGGCGCCACAAACAUGGGAGAACUGGCUGAGCUUAGCCAAGGAAUUUGAACAGCUCUGGCAAUUUCCCCACUGCCUGGUAUCUCUUGACAGUCAUCACAUUGCCUUCCGCUUGAAGACGGACACGGAUGCCAUCUACACCAACUACAGGCAGUUCAUUAUGCUGGCCCUGGUCGAUGCCCAGCACAGAUUUCUGUACGUCUAUGCCAGCAGCACAGGAGGGACGACGGAUGCCUUUACCGAGAGCUUGCUGUACAACGGCUUGGAGAGCAAUCUGCAUGAGAAGCGGCUGCUAGACAUGGAAGAGGAACUACCACACGUUGCUCUGGCCCACAUGAGCCUCGCCAAGAGCAACCCUGGCUGAUGAAGCAGCUCGAGAUGCCCUCGACAAUUGAAAAGAAAAUCUUCAACUACCGCCUGAACCGUGCCCAUCGCGUGGUCGCCAAUGCCCUGGGUAUCAUGUCCAGCCGCUUCAGAGCCCUGCAAACACUGAUCACAUGUCCCUGAUUCCGGGCGAGUUUCGCACGAAUACCAUUUAAAUGGAGCUGGCCCAGCCCCCCAUACAGUUGGAUGGAAGCGAGAACGUGAAAUAGGUACAGUGGCCUGCCAAAUGGAGGCGGUGAAUUCCGCAUAGGGAAAUCUCUGUCUCGUGGGUCAGGAAUUGGUGCUGGACCUUUGCAUCCGUCAGUUGGCUCAGGUUAAUGAUUAAACUGAAGACGAUUUUACUAGUAGAUCAAUAUAGAAGUAAACUUAACAAUGUUCAAAAAACAAACGACCACAACGUGCCUCACAUGGUAUUAGUUAGGAAAUGCCUAUCCCUCUUAUUCACGGUAUAUUGUAUACUUUUGGGGAGAGAAUGAGUUUAACCACGACAAUGAGUUCAAAUAUUUUCUCAUAAACCUAUAAAUUUCCAGCCAAUAAUUUAAGUU